GAGGGCGUGUCCUGAAGCGAGUCCCAGCUUGUCAUUGGUUGUCAUGUGAUUGACGUGCUGACGUGGGCGUGAGCGCUCAGGAAGUUUGUAAUGCAUCGCUGUUGUGUUUGAGUCCCAGACCAUGAACUACGUGGGUCAUCUGGCCGAGACGGUGUUUGUGACCGUGAAGGAGCUGUAUCGCGGUCUGAAUCCGGCCACGCUCACCGGUGGCAUCGACGUCAUCGUGGUCCGUCAGCCUGAUGGCAGAUACCAGUGCUCACCGUUUCACGUGCGCUUCGGGAAACUCGGCGUCCUGCGCUCCAAAGAGAAAGUGGUGGAUAUUGAGGUCAACGGAGAGCCUGUGAGCCUGCAAAUGAAGCUGGGAGAUAACGGAGAGGCGUUCUUCGUGGAGGAGAACGAGGAUUUUGAGACACGGGUUCCUGUUCACCUCUGCACCUCUCCGAUCCCCACGGACGUCCCAGAAGUGUUCGAGAUGACCGAGUCUCCCUCCAGCAUCACGUCCUCCUCCAGCCGCCGCAAAAAACGCCGCAGGAAGAGAACGCGUUCAGACACGACUCUGCGAGAGGAGGCCAAUUCCUCCUCAGACGAGAAAGAAAGCCUAGAUCGAGAUUUCCUAAAGGAAGAGUCGCCUUUGGCCGCAAGUAAGUCUGUGUACUACUCGCUGACAGAGGAACCCUACGAGGAAGCGUCUGGAGCUCAGAUCAGAGACGUUCAUCCUCACUCUGAUGGAGAGUGUUCUGUGAAUGAGAGUGUGUUCUUCAGCCGUCCAUCAUCUCCUAAGAGUGAUUCAGAGUUGUGUAAGCAGCAGGAGUCUCUAGGGCCUCAGAUGCAGUGGAAAUGGGGCGCUUUUCCCAAGGUGAGUCAGGCAGAGAGGGAUGAAUCGCCAAUCACGGCCUCUGACCACUCCCACUUCCGCACUAUCCUUCGCCAAGCCUCCAUUGACGUGGAGAGCACUGACUCUACACCGAUGGUGACCGUAGUGAGACCCAAGCCUCAGAUUGGUACAACCAGCCCUGUUACAUCACAUUUCACUCACACAGCUGUUUCGUCUUCAAUUAGCACACAACUGGACCUCAAGGUCACAGAAACACAUGUGAUGACCUUUCAGUCCGCAGACGACUCCUUCCCACAGGCCUGGAUUGCACCAGAAAACACAGAGACCAAAGACUUGACCGUUAGCAGCACAGACAAUCACACUCAGACCUAUAAUAUAACCAGCUCUACAAGCACAAUGCAUGGGAGCAGUGCUAGUUCAGACACCGUGGCUCCUGUAGGAAGCCAAGAAACCUGGGGUGAAAAUAAUGUCUCGUUCACAUCCGAAAUCCAAACCAUCACAUUUGGUGAGACUCGAUCAGAUACGGUUUUAGAAGCAGAGGUGAACUCAGUGGACACAAUCAAUGCUUUACCAAAACACCAAAGCUCUGUGGGAGGCUCAGAGGAGGGGGCGGGGUUACAGACUUCACCGACCAAUCAGAAUGCAGAGCUAGCUGGAGUGACACCAGCUCUGGAGUCCAUCCUCAAAUCAGAGGAUUCAAUGCUUCCCGAGUCCUCGAAAACAACAGACCCUCAGGGCAAGAGGAAAGUCAAGCGGAGUCAUCAUUUGGGACCAUCUGAUAUCUAUCUCGAUGACCUCUCCAGUCUUGCCCCUGAAGCUGCUGCCCUCUAUUUUCCAAAGAGUGAGACGGAGUCGUCGGAUCUCGUCUGGACUCUUGGGCCGGAUCCGUGUCCUCCCUCGGGUCAGAUGUCCUCUCAGUCACUGGCCAGCGCUAACACAGACAGCAGCUCUGAAUAUCUGUCCGACUCCACCACAGACGCGCUGGACGUCACCAUGUCUCUGUGUGGGAGAGGAGACAUCAGUCAGAUCAGUAAAGAGAAGUUCAUGGAGCAUCUUGUCAAGUAUCAAGACUUUGUCAACAACCCUGGAAUUAUUGAAGACCCGAACCUUGUCAUCUGCAUCAACUCAAAAUAUUAUAACUGGGCAGUGGCAGCACCAAUGAUUCUGUCAGUUCAGGCUUUCCAGAAGACUUUACCAAAGAGCACCAUUGAGCAACUAGUCAGAGAUAAGAUGCCUAAAAAGUCUGGCCGCUGGUGGUUCUCCUGGAGGAGGAAAGAUCGGAACAAUGUCGUGGGAAGCCAAAGUUCAGAUGCAGAGGGGAAUCAGCUUGAAGCAUCGGCUGCUAUCACUGGACACUCUUCACUGAAGAGUUCUGUUGAACUCUCGAGUGAUGAGGAUGGCUCUGUCUCUAUGAGGAAGAACAGUGAAGCGAUGAACACAGCACAGUGCAUCAGUCAGAUGUACCGCAAAUCUCUGCGGCUGACCUCUGAACAGAUCGAGAGUCUGAAUCUGCGUGAAGGAGCUAAUACGGUUGUGUUCAGUGUGACCACACAGUAUCAGGGCACCUGUCGCUGUGAAGCCGCUAUUUUCCUCUGGAGCUACGACGACAAAAUCAUCAUCUCCGACAUCGAUGGGACCAUCACCAGGUCAGAUGCUCUGGGGCAGAUUUUACCGCAGCUGGGGAAAGACUGGACUCAUCACGGCAUCGCCAAACUAUAUCACAAGAUACACCAGAAUGGUUAUAAGUUCCUGUACUGUUCGGCUCGAGCUAUAGGCAUGGCAGACAUCACUAAGGCUUACUUGCAGUGGGUUAAUGAUCGAGGAACGGUUUUACCCAAAGGACCGGUGCUACUGGCUCCCAGCAGCCUGUUCUCAGCCUUACACAGGGAGGUGAUUGAGAAGAAGCCGGAGGUGUUUAAGAUCGCCUGUCUGACUGAUAUCAGAGAUCUGUUCAGUCCCGUCACACAGCCUUUCUACGCCGCCUUCGGCAACAGAACUAACGAUGCAUACGCGUAUAAAGAGGUGGGUGUUCCUGAGACUCACAUCUUCACUGUGAACCCCAAAGGAGAACUCAUACAAGAAAAGACCAAAGGAAACAAGUCCUCUUACUCUCAUCUCAGUGAUCUGGUGGAUCACAUCUUCCCCUUCAUCUGUAAAGAUCGUGCGUCCUCCUUCGACUGUCCUGAGUUCAGUCAUUUCUCCUUCUGGAGAGAGCCUCUGCCUCCGCUGGACCUCGCUGAGCUGACCUAAACACAGCUUCACACAGACACCCAUCGUCUGCUCAGAUAGACCUCUUCCUCAGCAUCUCUGCUCACUUCCCUUUCUGUUUAUCUGUGUGUUUACAGCCAAACCUGCUGUAGCAUCAACACUGGACACACACACACACACACAUGCAAGGACGCACAAUCCUACUCAAACACAUGAUACACGCUAGGCGAUGAUAGCAUAACACUACACUGAGCAUCAGAGAAGCUCUUUUGACCCACA